UCGAGCAGACAAGUUUAACCAUAAUUUAUCAAUAUUAGAAUCUAUACCUAUAUUUAUAUUCAUUUUUUUCUCGGUAAUACUUUUGAAUAUGAGCCUUAUGUAUUGCUAAUGAAUAUUGAGAAAAAAUACAAGUACCUGCUAUACUGCUAUAUAUCUGUUUGCAUUGGUUUUAAAUGUUUCAAUUAUAGAUAAUACUUACGUUAACGUCAAGUCCAGUUGAUCUUUUUUGCUUGUUCCAAAAUUAAAGAUAUUCUAGUAUUAGAUACAAAAUAAUGGAACUUCACUUAAACAUAGAUGAUGUGAAAGUUGAAUCAAAUAAUGACUGGGUGAAUGAAGAAAAUGGUCAUGAUACAGAAUUUUCAUCUGAUGUAGCUGAAUGCCCAGAAUUAAAAAAAGAUUUGUUUUCACUUGAAAAUAAUCUUCAAACUAUGUAUAAAGACAUUGAUAUAGAACAGUGUAUUGUUGAUGAAGAAAUCACUAUAGAACCUGAAUCUAAGCCCAUUAUACAAACAGAACAUUGUACUAUUGAAGACGAAAUCACUAUAGAACCUGAAUCUAAGCCUGUAAUAGAUCCAUUAAUGCCAUUGUUAGAUAUUGGAACUCAAAUAUGUUUAGAAAAUGAGACAGCUGAUGAAAAUUCAAAAACAUCGAAGGCCAAUGAAAAAAAUCUUAUAAAUUUUGAAGAAAUCUUUGUUGAGAACAAUUUUUAUGAAGAUGAACUUGGUGAAAUCAAACAAAAAACAUCAUCUAGAAGAAAGAAAUCAUUGAAAGAUAAACCAGACGAACCUUACAAAUGUAACUUAUGCCCAAAAAUAUUUGAUUAUAAAAGGUAUCUCAAUAAACACAUAGUUACAGUCCAUAUUACUGAAAGACCUUUUCAGUGUGAUUGGUGCAAAAAGGCUUUUGCAUUUAAAAAUUCGCUCAAAAAGCACUUUAGAUUGAUGCAUACUAUUGAGAGACCCUUUGAAUGUGAAAUAUGUAAAAAAAAAUUUGAGAAGGAAGCUGCUCUGACCAAACAUGUUAAUUUUGUACACAUAAAUAGAAAGAUCCACAAGUGCGAUAUAUGCUCUAAACAGUUUACCACAAAUUGCAGUCUCAGAAAACACCAGGAUACACGACACUUUCAAAUUAGAAAAUAUGAAUGUGAAUUAUGUCAAAAAAAUUUCACGCAAAAAGGUGUUCUUAAUAAGCACAUCAAGGACUCACAUGGUCAAAUAACCCACAAGUGUGACUUAUGCAGGGAAACAUUCAGUAGAGAAACAGAUUUCAAAAACCAUGUUUAUGAUGUACAUGAAUUAGUAUUAAUCUACCAAUGUGUAAUGUGCCCUAAAUCGUUCCAAAAACAAUUUUUUGUUCUCAGGCACAUGGAAAAUAAACAUGGUAAGAUUGAACCUUAUCAUUACAGGUGUAUGAGAAAAUCUGAAGUACCUUCAAGAAGACGCUCUAAAUAAUAGCGAGCAAUACUCAUUCAAGUUUACCAAGUUCUUAAUUGCAGUAACACUUCAA